UUCACUACGUCCUCAAGAAAGAAGAUAAAAUAUAAAAUAAAGAAAACAAGAAUUAAAAUUUUUGUUCAUAAAUAAAAUAAAUAAAAUAUAAAGAAACAGCAAAAACAAAACAUAACCACAACUACAACUACACGCGAAGUUUUCGAGUGCUUUUUUUUCAAACAGCAAAAACAACAACAACAUUUGGUUUGAAAGAAAAAAUAAAAACAAAAAUCAUCGUGUUUUAUUAGAGAGACGGAGCAACUGUCAUAAAAAGAAGAAAAAAGCAUAAUAAUAAAUAAUAAAGCAGCAGAAUUAUUUAGAGUCAGCAGCAGCAGCUACCAAGACCAGACACCUCUGUUUUUAUUUUAAUUUUUGUUAUUUAUUAUUAUUGUUGUCGUUGUUGGAUUUUUGAGGAACUAUUUGUUGUUUCUUCUAUUUGUAAGCACAACAACAACAACAAACACAUAAGUGGAGAAAACAACAAACCUUAAAAAAUUUGUUAAAAGCUUGGAAAAACUAUUUUAAAAACAAAUACACAAACAUGGGUCAAACACUUUCGGAGCCGGUAACCUCUAAGGAAUCAGCUUAUUGUCAAAAUGAAAUGUAUCGAGUGGGUUCUAGCUGUAUGCAGGGUUGGCGUAUAAAUAUGGAAGAUUCUCACACACAUAUACUCUCCUUACCCGAUGAUCCGGGCACCUCAUUCUUUGCCGUUUAUGAUGGUCAUGGCGGUGCUACGGUGGCACAAUAUGCCGGCAAACAUUUACACAAAUUCAUCUUAAAAAGACCUGAGUAUAAGGAGAAUGUGGAAGAGGCUUUAAAAACAGGCCUUUUAGAUAUCGAUUAUGAAAUGUUAUAUAAUGAAUCAUGGGGCGAACAAAUGGCUGGUUCCACAGCUGUUGUAGUUUUAAUUAAAGAUAAUCGUUUAUAUUGUGCCAAUGCCGGUGACUCACGUGCCGUGGCCUGUAUUAAUGGAGAGGUAAUGACUUUAUCGAUGGAUCAUAAACCAAAUAAUGAAGCUGAAUCGAAACGUAUCAAUGAGGGUGGCGGUUGGGUUGAAUUCAAUCGUGUUAAUGGUAAUCUGGCAUUAUCGCGAGCAUUAGGUGAUUUUGUUUUUAAGCGUAAUAAAAUAAAAAAACCCGAAGAACAAAUUGUUACAG